CUGCUGACGACCGAUCUGAUCCCACACAAACACACACAAAGGCGUUCUCUGACGGCCUGUCGCGUCACACGCUCAUCAUAACACUCUCACAGAGGCGCUCAGAGUCAGACCAGAGCUGGGAGAUGCUACGAGCUGGCAGCCGCUGACAGCAUUUACUGCCCAGCUGAUUCGGACACUCUCCACCUCUACCUCUAGAGAGCCCUGCACGCUCCUGCUGCAGCCCUGAAAAACAACACUUUGCAAACAACACUCACGUGACCUCCAACAGCUAAGACUGUACCUGACCCCACAUUUUUCAAAGAAAGGGGAACCUGACUCUGUGCAGAGCGGGAAAAGAAGCGAUCACAUCCCGCUGCUGAAACACAACCCACAGGACUGAGAGAAGAAGGAGGGCCUGACGAUCAUCUUUGGUGCCCGGGAAACAGAAGCAGGAUGCUGGCUGCAAUCCUUCGGGAUAUGUGGGUGGAACCGGAGGUGCUGGAGGCCCUCAGUGAGGAGCAGAAAAGGAUCCUCUUCCUCAAGAUGAGGGAGGAGCAGGUACGCCGCUGGAGAGAGCGUGAGGAGAAAGAGGAGAGGAAAGAACAAGACAACAACACCAGGCCAAAAAAAGCUUCCAGUAAACGCGUGAGCUGGCUCCUCGGGCGGGAUGGCGACGUGAGCGUCAGUAUAAUCGGCGAGGUGGAUGAACUGAGAUCCUCCAGACUCCUCCAGAACCUCAUGAACAGCAGACUCCACUCUGAUAAUAUGACUAGCAUCCAGACAGUGGACUUGCUGCCAGGAAGAGAGGACCAGCAGCUGAGCCUUAAAGAAGACAUCCAGCUAUCUCUCACACAUGAUAACAAAGCCUCACCGAAUGACCAGUCAUCCGAGGAGGACUCCUGCAGCGCUGAUGAUGACCUGAAGGACACAGCUGAGGACAGCGACAGUGAAUCAGGCAGCAGCUCGGACAACCUCAGCGACUGGGCUCCAAGCUUCAGGCCCCAUUUUAGUAGCUAUGGCAACCAGCCACUCAGAGCCCCGCUGGCGAACACAGAGAGGACCAGCCUCCAGGAUAGAGAAACUGUGUGCUACAAAGAGAAGACAGAGGGCAGAGGUCGUGUGGAGCAGCUCAGGAAGAAAUUCACAGAUAAUCAUCACAAUACAUCAACCGCCUACAAGAAACCGCCCAUACCUGCCAAACCUGCUCAUCUGCAGAAGUGAAGCUCACCGCUGACCCAUUAGGACUCCAUGUGUAGUCUGCUACACGCGACCCCGAAGAGUCUACUCUGCAGAGUGUAAUGAGCCCUCUGCAGAAAUAACAACUCCGUUGUACAGCAGCAGCCGUGGCUGAGGCUAAAUACACUGAAAGCAAAGGAUUCUUACUUGAACCCGAGCAGUGAACAAAAAUCCACGUUAUUAGACCUUAUUUCAAGGUCCGAGCUACAGAAAGAGAAACGUCUGGGGGUGGAGUGAGAGAAAGACUUGAAAGCUUUUGGACUGAAGUCAACCUGAAUGAUAAAACUAAGCAGCUUUGAUGUUGAGUUGAAAUUCAAGUUCAGAUGCGCUCACACAGUGUCUGUGAUUGACAGGUCGACACAGAGCAAGAUGUCUAGAGAUACUCUCACACACACAGACUAUUAACUGUAUGUGAAAAACACUGGUUUUAUUACUGGCAUGUCAUAAGCAGGACUGCUUUAUGAAAAAAACAACAGAUAAAUCAUAUUAAUGUCUUUCUUUACUGAUUAUAAGGUGGAAACUGUAAGAACGUAGUCCAUGUAAUGUGUUGCUAUAGUGGUUUUAACGGUGCUGACAUAUUGUUGACAAGAUUCUCCUUCAGCAUUUUACCUGGCAUGAGAGUUUGUUUUAUAAAAGAAAUGAUUAACAUGACUUUUUGUUUGUUUUUUUGGACAUAGCGUGUGUUACUAUGUAAUGGCCACUCUGGUGCACUGGAUUUGAAAAGAAACUGUAACUAUGACAUUCAAAGGAACUGACUUACAGCUCUUUUUAAUAGAUAGCUAGCAUGCUAACUAGCACCAUGUCUUUAGGGUCAUGUUGGCCUCUAAGUGGAUCCACCACUCCUGUGUCAGGGGUAUACUGAAAAGGAAUGACAUUUGAUAGAAGCGUUCAUCUUCAUUAGAUGGUGAAUUCUGUCUUUUCUGUUUUUCUCUGAGGCCAUCAUAAAGUCUUUUAGUAAACUCUUAUGAAAACUGCCAAAAAAUUUGGUUUACAUAUUCCUACUCCCUACAGGAUGCUUUAGAGUGAAGGCUAAUAUCUAAACAUUAGCAUCAUUAACAUAAGCAUGUUAGCAUGCUAAUGUUAGCAUCCAGCUCAAAGCGCUACUCUGCACAGAUGUUAGAAGGGCAAAGGAAAUUUUUGAUGAAUUUGACCAAAAACAAUUAGUUGUAAUAUUUUAUUUACCUUCUACUUCAAUGGUUGGUCUCGGAAACACCAUUUCUCAUCACUAAAUAUACAUUUGCUUGUUUGGGGUGGGGGAGCUUUCAGCUACCUGUCACAUCUGACCAAAGUUUUUUUUUUAUGUAGUAUAGCUGACAGCUGUGGAAGCCACAUAACUGCACUUUAUUUGAUAUUUGGACACAAAGACGUGAACAGAUGUUUCCAUACUUAGCAUCUACACUUAAUUCUUGCUUUGGGGUCUUUGUGCUUUUCCAGUCCAGUCUUCAGUAAGUGAAACAUAUGAUCAGUUGAGG